GAGCUCUGUCCGCGACUUCUCGCCCAAAAAGACGGCGUCUGCGCAGACGCACAACACUGCGACUGUUGCUGUCAUUCGCACGGAUUCGGCGACGGCGCGAAAGCCCAUUUCGUGGACUCCGAGUCGGGCGCCGAAGACCGCGAACUCAGCGCCGAAGCCUUCGAUGUCGUCAUCGGUUCCGACGGCCGAAGAAACACUCUUUUCCAGGACUUUCCGCGCAAAGAGUUUAGAGGAAAGCUCGCGAUCGCCAUUACGGCCAACUUCGUGAACCGGCGCGCGGAGAGUGAUGUCAGAGCGGUCGAGAUUUCCGGCGUUUCCUAUAUUUACAACCAGAAGUGGUUCCGCGCGCUCUUCGACGACACGCGCAUCGCUUUGGAGAACAUCUGUUACUAUAGCGACGAAACGCAUUACUUCGUGAUGACGGCCACGAAGGCGUCGUUGUUGGCGCGCGGCGUCCUUCGCACAGAUUUAGCCGAAACGCAUCUCCUAUUGGACGACGCGAACAUCAAUCGCGAAGAGUUGUUGCGUUACGCGCGCGACGCCGCCGAGUGGACGUCGGGUUUACGAGACUUGGAGUUCGCGCUCAACGGUUCGCAAUCGCCAGACGUCGCGCUCUUCGACUUCACGUCCGUUUACGCGGCGAGGAACGCGUCGCGCGCCAAACAGAUCCGCACCACGUGUUGCGCGCCGGGAGGGGAGGCGUCGACGCAUGUGUUGAUGCUGUUGACGGGCGACUCGCUUCUCGAGCCAUUUUGGCCGACCGGAAGUGGCGCGGGUCGCGGCUUCCUGUCGGCGUUGGACGCGGCGUACACUGCGCUCCAGUGGGCGUUACGGGUUCUGCCGGCGCGCCGUCUGGAGGAUCCGCGCGCCGAAAUGGACGCAAUGGUAGAGGUGUUGGCCGAACGCGAGAGUGUCUACCGAUUGUUGGCGCAAACGACGCCCGAAAACAUCUCUUCCAAAGACUUUUCGUCGCUUUUGCCGCAAAAUCGGUACAAAAAGUGGACAAAGAGUGCCGUCAAUGAAGUGCGACCCCAAGUGCGACAUUUGAUUGGCUUUCGUUUGGCGGCUCCGCCCCCUCCACUGCCGCACCGCCAAUCGCUGGCCGCCAAACGCGCGCGAAGGGCAACAGUCGCCGUCACCUCUCGAGACCUCAAAGAC